AAAAUAAUGGCAGAGUUGCAACGCCGGACAGUUUGAUGCAGACGAAAGUGUCUCCUGCCUCAGGGCUCUUUAUCCACUUCAACUUCAUCUCUCUCACUCUUUCUGAUGUUACAGCAAUAUUAGAGGACGAUAAAAUUUUUUUUUCUUCGCUAAUAAAUUUGACAAAAUUUUGAAAAAGAAAAACAUGAAGAAGCAAGCCGCGACGUCGUCUUCUUCAUCUUCUUCUAUGGUGGACAAGACCAUGGAGGCCGAGGCCUCCAUUGUAGCUCCAAGCGCCAACACAGCGUACGCAGUGCAAAGCUAUCGAUUCGUACUGGGCUAGCAGGAAUUGCUGCAUGGAAAUCAAAAUCUUUAUUUUUUGAAUUUGCAACUGCAACUGCAUGACGACGAUGCAUAUUAUAUAUUCAACUUCUGCAAUUCGACAUGCUAAAAAAUCGAGUUGUAAAGAGCUCUGCCUACAGGUGAAUUCGGCUACGUACGAUAUUACUUUUGCAGAGGAUAAAAAAGCAGGAGCAGGAAGUAAGCCGGAACCACGUGCCGGCCCACCUUCAUCACAACCUUCUGUUACUGUCAUGCUCAACUCCCUCUUAUCCUCCGGAAUCAACAAGACCAAAACAUCACUGAGCCGCUCGUGGGCACGAAAGCAAGCCGCGGCGUUUCUGGCGAAGGUGGAACUGAUGGCCACUUCCCACGAGGACGAGGACGAGGAGAAUGACUCUGACGAAGUACUACAGCUAGAGAACAAGGGUCCGGGGAAGGAAAAAAACAACAAAUCUAAUCGUAGUGGCGCCUCCGCUGCCGCUGCCGGAAGUACUAAGAAAAUAAACGCAGCAAAUAUCAAAAACAAAAGUGCGAAGCUGGAUAUCUUCCAAGAUCAGGCUGUGCGGGAGCUAAAAAGGCAGGAAACCACUUCGACCCGAAACAGCAAAAUCAACGAUCUGCUUGAGGCUUUUGCCGUCUUCUUCCUGGACGUGUGCCACGCGAAGAGCUGUUUAUGCAAGAAAAAAACUGUAAGUGUAAGUCUGUGACGCAGGGAAUGCAAAACUGUAUACGCUUGUCGUGCUGGAUGUGCGUCAUAGGCAACUUUCGUACGUGUUUCGCAUGAUUGAGAUUGUAAAAUGCAAAACGAAUCUGCGAUGCUGUUCAUCUUCCUACAGAGUUACACUUAAACAGAUUUUUUCCUGGAUACUGUUUCGCCGAAGGUCACUAUGAGAGUGAACAACUCGUCCCCCUCGUUGUCGUUCCGCGCAUUGGGAAAUGUAGCUGUUAUAGCAAGAAACACACCGUAUGGUCACCACCACCAGCACUGUAUGUUUGUUCGCAUGACAAAUCUUCUACCCGCGGACAACUGUUGUAUGUAGCAGUAUCUAGCACGAGCGGUAGCCGGGGUAUUGUGCUGUUUCGGAUUCUACAAUAAUCUUUCAUUGAAACACUUCCAUAAAAUGAAAUAAGAGGCUGGAUAUAGCAUUUUGCAUGACGAAUGAGGGGAACGACGGGGACUGGUUGUGCACUCUUAUACGCACUUUCCCGGCGAGAAGAACACUACUACCACAGCAGCAGCGACAGGGACCAUCGCGAAUUUUCCUCCCGACGAAAAAGGUGCUGACCUUGCCGCACUCAAGACGAACAUUGCUGUAUGAGAGUUGUGUCAGAAUCGAAAUCGAUGAAGUGGAACUACCUUGCAAUAAAGUCUACAUAUUUUAAGCCUGUAUGUGGUUCAGGUUCUUCGCGUUGGAGAUAGAGCUGAUAAAACGGCACGAAAAAGGAGCCCUUCUUUCCCCAAAUAAUGGCACGAAAAAGUCAGUUCUGGUGCUGCUAAAUUUGUCUAAAUGCUGAUGUCGGUUUUAUGCUGCAUCAUGCGCUGCAAUAGAUCAUUUCAACUUUAUCGAUUUCAAGCCUGACCCUGUCAUGCUCGUCUGCGCCUCUCGACCGCCGCGCUCGCGCACGACCGGCGCUAGAAGUGCAACUUGCUGACCGCCAACGCGAAUCGGAAUCAAAUCGUAACAUCAGCAAAACUCCCGAUAUUAACCCUGUAGUUGUCUCCGACGAAAGCCUGCAGCGGUUCGUCGAGGCCUGCGUGCAAAAGAGCUGCUCAACUUCAACUGGUGGUGGAAGCAGUAGUAGACAACAUCACAGAACGUCUACUGACGAGGCAGCUGACCAUCAGGAGGUACAUUUUCUCGAGGAGGACGCUGACGAUUUGUCCAUCUCGGACAUCAAUGAAGAAGGUCAAGAUCCAGCCGAACUCGCGGGCGGAAAAGUUGCGGGCGAGAAAGUCGUAUCCUGUGCAAAAGUAUCGUACUCGUAUUGUAAUCAUGCAUUACAAAUUUCUUUCUCAGGUUCAAUCCGCAUUACAAAUUUUCUUUUUCAUGCUGAGGAAAUUUGUCAUGCGAUGUAUACUCAGUGUAAGCACGACGAUGCUUUUGCAGUUCAUAAGUCGCGAAGCGUCGUCGUCGUGGCAAUCACGACCAGAACCACGCAGGACAAGCAGCUUUGAGGCUUGACAUGAAGACGCGGACGAAGAAACAGGCAGACCGGGCGCGGCAGUGCUGGAUCCUUUUCACCGAGGAACUGGCUGCGGAACUGCUCGAGGGCGUGCAGGUAAUGGAGAAUCUGCUGCGGGGAGAGAAAGGGCAGCUGCAGGAUGAUGAAGCUGCUGGACAAGGUUGUUCUUCUGGUAAAAAUUGUACAAGUGAUCAUCUCUCGUCCUCUCCGGCCAUGCUCCUGCUGCAGAAGAUGUGCCUCCUUUUGCGAGCCUUCGCGGAAUCUUCUCCGGUGCCGUUGUGGCGACGCAUCGCGUUUCUCGGGCUGCGAAGCUUCUUGGCAAAAAGAUUGUUCUUCGCAGCUGCUGGGUUCGGGGAUGGCCGGAAAAUGAAUUCUGGUGAUGACAUUGACACGAAGUUUUUGAGCAAACAGCAGCAGAAGGAGCGGCGCGGAUUAAGUGGUAAAAAUAGUCAUCGCCAGAGGCUCCUACUGCAACAAGAGGAUGACGAUGAACUACACGAACUCCUUUUACAAGACGAGAACCUUGAGGAUGAAGUUUUCGGCUCCAAAUCUGGGCAUGGGCGUGGCAGUCUACUGCAGAACGAGAAGAAUAAGAAAGAUGCGCCGUCCGAGGCGGAACAACUACACCAAGAUCACCGUGACAAAACAAAAAAGCCGCAUUUUUCCUUACAAGAACCUGUUCACUCCACGUCCACCUCCUGCAAAACCUUUUUGGAGCAGAAAGUCCUGCCGUUUUACCUGGAUUACGCCUGCGGGGACGAAAACGUGCUGGUGAAUCUGGAUUGCGUCGAUGCAGUGGGCGACUGGCUGUUUCAGCUCAGCUACGAGGAAAAAGUCUUUGCAGCAGCUGCAAGAACUGGUGCUGCUCCCAGAAAAAAGAAUUAUGAUAAAGGUCGUCCUGCUUCUCUUUUGGCAGGAACAACUGGGACGGCCAGUUGUACUAGCAAGAUGAAACUUUCUUUGUACUGCGUGCUUCUCCAGGCCUUGCUGGACACGAAAAACAGCGAAGUGCGACGAAGGGCCCUUGAUAGGCCUGGCAAAAGUUGUAUUGGCGAAAGUAGCUCUAGAAGUAUAAAUCGCAUAUAUUACAUUAAAUAACAAUUACUUGGUGUUGGUUUCAGAGUGAAAAAUGCUUGCGGUCCUUCGGCAUGUGAUUUGAUUGUACUGCCGUUGCUGUAAAUUUCUAUCUAUACAGCUACGUCUCCGAUACAACUUUUGCACAGGAUCCCUGAGGUCUUUCUUCAAAAAAGAACGAUCACGAGUGCCGUAGCCGCGUCUGCGACCAUCGAAGCGACCAGAAACAUCAAUGCGAAAAAUGCUCUAUCCUCUUAUCCUGUGUAAAAACGUCCCCGCUCCAGCCGGGCAAGAUGUAGUGGAGAAUGUUGCUCAUGGGCGCAUUGGGGUGGAGGUUAGUACGCAUGAUGAGAAACAUUUUAGGCUUGCAGAUUUCAAUGAGACAGCUCUGAGCUCCUCGUGGGGACGUUUUUUGACAGGAUACCCCUUCGAGCAGUUCCAACGAGGUGGACCCGUUAUUUUGUUCAACAAGUUCAUCUUCGCCUUCUAUCGUGUCCCUGGAUUUUGUGCUGGACGUGUUGUUGCAAAAAGACCUCUACCUCGUCAGCCGGACGGACGAGAAUUGUGACACCCUCAACAUGAUCGGAAGCAAUAAAAAAUCGCUAAACAAACAACACCACCAGCAGCAAAGUCCUACUUCAUCCAGCACGAAAGUGCAGCGGUUUCAUACGCAAGAAAAAACCCCUGUAUGUAGUGUAACUCUGUGUAGCAGACCAAGAAGUGUCAUGUAAAGCAUUCUUUACGUUUACACGUAUUGCCUGCGGACCACGGCAAGCUCCUUUAAUAUUCGCUGUCAUGCCACACGGAAGAUCUGUCAUGCUGUUUCCCCAGCAAAAGAAAAAGGAGAGUUACAACUGCAACUACACAGGUUUAUUUUGCUUGAUAUUUCUGGACUUCAUUCACGACGACAUGCAGGGCGAUCUGUGGAACGGAGAGAAGAUCGUCACCAACAUGGGAGCGGGUUUAUCCCGUGCAUCUUCAAAAGUGCUAUCGUGCUCGUACUAGUUGCAUCUGUGCAUGCCAGAUCUUCUGUCUCACCUGAACCUGCAUGACAAACUCCAUUUUGACAGUGAAAUUGUAAAUGCCAAAAAUAUUACGACUACUAGCCCCACGAUGGUACAACAGCUUUUGCAAUGCAUAGAGCAACAAGCCCAAGAAGAAGAUGAAGACCGUGAACAACAAAGGAAAGAAAAGGAAAAACCUCAACCCCGAGGAAGAUCCGAUUGCAGUAGACAAGAACUCCGCCUUUUCUACGGAAGAAUUCCACUUGCUGUACUACCUCUUUUCGGUGAUCUACCACCGGGCCGUGGACCUGGCCGAAGAGGAGCACAACCGUGCGCUGGCACUCCGUAUGCAUUGCAAAAAGACUAUCGUACUCGUACUACUCCUCAUGCAAAGACAAACCGUAAGUAACCUCUAACUGUCCAAGCCUAGGCAAGAGCAACUCAGCACGAGCAAAGGCAACUCAAUUUUUCAACUAAGUACAUUCUGAGAAAUGUAUUUGUAUUGCGAUUUCUACGUCAUACGAUGCUCUUGCAAUGCAUACUCCGCAUCGUGGUAAACUUGAUCCAGAACGGCGUGGACCUGUUUUCGGCGGAUGCAAAGCGGGUUCUCUGCAUGCUCGUCUUCCAGCUAUCAACUGCAAAAAUGUCUGGGUCUGGAAGAUUGCAGCUUGUCAUGCUGUUUUUGGAUUCUGAAAAAAUUUGUAUUGCAUGACCAGCAAGUAGAGGACUCUAGUUUGUGCUACGCGGAGAGGUCAUUUCUCAUGCUGUAGAGGUAUCGCAAAGCGCUCUAAAAAUCUGUGAUGCUACGGCAUGCAUCACAGACAUCAUGGGUCAUGGAAAAUAUGCAUGACAAGUCUAGAAAUCUUCCAGACCCAGACACUUUUGCAAUGCAUACCAACCAGGCGGCGACCACUGCUCCUCGACCUCAACGUCGACGCACAGCAGCAGCAUCAACGGCCUGGGAGCCGAAGCCGCGCGUCUCGUUUGGCUGCAGAUCGAGGAAAGUUGCAGUGCUGCCUCGUCGUCCUGCUGUGGAGGAGAUUGUGACGAGGACGAAAUCAUGAACAUUGGCGUGGAUGAUAGCGGGCAAGGACUACACCUGGUCCAGAAGAGUUUGAAGGAAGGAAAAGGAAAGGAUGGUGGACAAUACGGACUACAUGCUGCCGAGAGCUUCGACUCGAGUAGCAAGAUCCUAGCAGCAAGUCAAACCUUGAACCAGGCGGUUUCUUUCCUCGAAGCGUAUUUCGAUGCCGCGAGAAACGAAGCCUCCGUCGUGGGGGAACUUCGAGAUGAGGAAAAAGAUAAUGAUGAACACGGGCAGAGCUGCGUCGACGCGCCGAGUGCUCCUCCUGUGCAGGACGAGAAAUACAGCAGCCACUUCAUCGAGCGCUUCGUCUGCCACAGCGAGAAAAUGCGACACUGCUUGUUCCACCGCUUGACAAUGGAAGAUCAGAAAGGAGGCCAGGGUUGUACUUCUACGGGCGACGUGAGUCAUGGUGUGGACCGAUUGAAACGAGGAAAAAAGUUAGAUCAAGUGCUACAUGACGACCUUGGUGGAGGACUAGAAGUGGAACUCGAACUCCUGCAUGAAGACGCUGGCGCUGCAGCGUUCGAAGAUACCGACCAGGAAAUAAAACUGAACAACAGCAAGAAGAACAAGAACUCCUCCACGUGUGAUAACGUUUUCGAAAAAUCUGUCGUGAAAACGUUCGACGCGGCCGUUUCGCUGGCGAGCGUAGUGCGAUUUUGUUUGCGGGAAGAUCAUCAGGACGAGGGUACAGCUCUUGGCGAAAAUGCCGAUGAGGAGAAGAGCGACGCUAGUCCGACACGACCAACCCUGCAACAAAAGUGGAUCGCGCUGGAGCUACUGCGGUACAAAAACACGAGCAGGAGGUCACUUGUUGAUGUUGAGAGGACCGAAGGACUACAGCACGGCAAUGAAUUUAAUACCUCUUGGCUAUUUGUACACUACAACAAGGACCUGCGUUUCUUUCUGGGGAAUUUUGAAAAACUCAUGCGGCUGGCAAACGUGGACAACGAUCAGGACCUGGCAGAACAGGAACAACAUGAAGAAGGGUCAGAACUGCAGAAGUUGAAACGGGCCGCGAGUGCGAAUUCCUUCGGCAAUCAGGAUGGGACGCUGGAAACCGAGAAUCACGUCGGUGACGUCAAUGAACAAACAGCAGUAUUAUCAUCAAAGUCCAACAGAUUCGCUUCUCUCCAGCACCGUCUGCUACGGGAGCAACUCCAGCUAUCUCUGUUCGCAGUGCUGCGCAACUCCUUGAACAACUUGCACAACAGCCUCUGCGGGGCCGGCAUUCUUGCAGCCAGGGCUGCUACAUCAACAUCAAAUGGUGUGGGUUUAUUAAAACAACAGCCGGUCAUCUCAGCGGAAAAUAAAGAGCUUUUGCUGGGUGAGGAUCAUCAAGACAAUAAUGAACAAGAAAACGACGAGCACCUGCACCUGUCAGCAGCACGAGGACAGGAACAGGAAGCUCUUCACCUUUUUGGCUUGCUGCAGAAAGUUCUUACCAACUCGGUGCUGGACAAACUGUUUCAACACGAGGAAGGAAAGAACCACGGCACACACCAGCCACGUGGUACUGCAGCUCCGGCGACGUUGAGCUUUACGUCUUUUCCCGUCCUGCAGAGCGGCGCCCAGGUCCUGGCUGUUGGCAAGGCGGUGCUUCUAGCCGCGUCGACGGCAAGUGAAGAAGAGCUUGGUGGUGGAUCUGGUUCUGGAUCAUCUUUAGCAAUAGAGAGGAAAAAUGCAGACCGGCUUCUCGUCGCACAAGAACUUCUAGAGUCCUCUAAAACAAAUUCUGCCCGCUUCCAACAGACGCUCCGCGAGGUUUGGCUUGAUUGCUUGCGAAAGUUUGUUGAACUGCGGGCCGAGUUGGACCACGUGCAGGGUAAGGAUGACAUUAAAAUGCACGGCAUUUUCGAGAACGACGAGGACGCUACGAAGGACAUCAAUCGAUCAUCCAAGAAAACGAAAAAUUCCAAGCGAGGACAUCCUCCUGUGAAAGGAAAGAAGGACCACGAAAAACGCAACAAAAUCGAGCAUGUCGUUGAAACAAACGUAUCGAGCAGGAGCAAUCGUGUGUUACUUCUUCGGUCUUUGGCACAGAAAGUCGCGGCUUUGUCGACCAUUCCAGGAAUAGCCGUCUUCCAGGACUCUACUUUGUCGGCGUCGGGAGGUCAUAGUAAUAAAAAACAGGUAGAACAAGAAGACCAUGCUGACGAAAACCACGACGGUUUGAUGUUACAGAAUAGCGAGCUCUUCGCUGCCGUUUUCGACCAUUUUGACGGCCACAGCAGUAACAAGAAUGCUGCGAAAAUUGGCGAAGGUGCGGCCACGGCGUUGUUCCGCGGACAGGCGAGCUGCCCGGAAGAUGAUGAAACAGCCCUGUUCGUCCUGACCACCUUGUUCAACCUUUACACGAACUACGCGAGCGCAGCUUCAUCUGGCGCACAGUUGUUGGUCGAGGGGAUGAAUAAUGCCCAACCCUCAUCUGAAGAGAUGAUGAAAUCGAGAUUAGAUGCAGACGAGAUGAGCGUCGACGCUCAAGGAGACGGUGGUGGUGCAGAACAGGCGGACAUGGCCGCGGUGGCUGCCGCCAAAAAAGAUGGCGCAGCGGGUUUUUCUCCAUUCGGCUCGGGAAGAGCUUCUGCAGAUGAGCGGCGCAACAACAAGGUCAACAAAGCAUUCCUGGAACGAAAGUUGCUCGACCGUAUUGCCUACAUUUUGGAGCGCUGCGCGAAGAGUGUAGCAGGGGCAGCUACAACCGUAGGCGAAAAACCAGCCGCUGCCGACGCUGAAGACGAGGAUGAGGAAAAAAACAACAGCGGACAACAUCAGAAGCAACUGCAAGCACGAACGCCGCCGACGAGCGCGCAAAAGAAAUCGCUCAACCUUUGUUCUUCCGAGCAAACCUCUACGUGUUGUGCGUUUCUCGGUCUAGCGAUUCUUCUCAUCAUGGAAAGCAGUCCCAGGAGCAGGGACGACCCAGGAGAGGACCUCCUUUCGAACGAGAUCAUGGCGAAGGCGGUACAGUUUUUCCGAUUGCAGUUCUGCCGGUUGAUAUCAAACAAAAAAAGUUCGUCACGAUCACUCAUGCGCAUUUUUGCAAUACAAAAUUGGCUGCCAUGCGUAAAAAUGCAUGACAGCCAAGCUUCAUAGAGGAUUUCCCUAGUGUUUCUGCAAUACAAGGAAGACUUGUGAUGCUAAAAAAAUUUGUAAUGCAAAACCUGCAAGUUAGUGACUGUGACAAACUUUUUUCUUUCCAUAGUUGCGGGACCAGGCCUUUUUCGGUCGUGCGUUCUCCGCGGGGAGUUCUUGUCGGGCUUUCGAAGGAGCCGGGAUGUCCGGAACGGACGACGAUGGGAAUGAGAUGGACGUAGAGGACCACAUGGACAAGCUAAACAACGCGAAAAAUACCGACGUCGGAGCUAGUAGGAGAGAUAGCUUUAUUUCCCGUUCCCAGCUCUUCCCGGAAGAUAUCAUCAAUCUGGAAUCCAGCGAUUUGAUGUCCGAUAACUUUGAAGCGUUUCGCGCGAAACUCUUCACGGAGUUUUCUGGGAACUACGCAAAUGUUAGUCGCCAGAGUUUCUGCUCCACCUCUACUAGCGAAGAAAGCAGAAGUACCGCGAAAAUUCCUGCACUCUUUUCCCUUUUCUUCAACAUGGUUGCAGCAACUACACAGGUCGUGACGGGAACAACUCUUUCAAGUACAACCUUGACCACGAUCAGCAGUCGCCAAGCAGAAGUGCAACUCAACGCUCUCAUUCUCCUGAUUGGCGAGCGCACCCACUUCCCGCUCGGCAACGCCCUCACCCGCGUGGUUUAUCCCAGCGAAAUAAAGUGUUAACGUUAAUCAACGGGAUUUGUGAUGCACAUCCGCAUGCAGUAAGAGUUCCUACACAAACACGUAGGUACUAAAUCUGAAACACAUUCCUGAAAUUUGCAUUGCGUGAUACUGUUUGUGCGUGAUGGGAAAAACAAGCUGCAUUCUUGUCCUGUGAAAACCAAAGCCGUUAGAUAACGUUAACACUUUACCGCUUCAUAUACCUCUCCAGGAACACGCGAAAACAAGUUGCGUGCGGGAGUUGUUCUUUGAGGAUGUUGGAAGUACUAACUCUGGCACGGUGAUCGAAACCGGAACUGGUAUGGAAGUGGACCAUGACAGGAACAAUGGUGGACAAGAUCAAGAUGCAAACAAUGAUCUUCACGAGGAUCAUUAUGCCCUGCGGGCCACCUCCACUUCGAACACCAGCGGGCUACCAGCAGACCGCUUUCUGGAAGCGUCCGCCGCCGCGGCGCGGUUUUUGAUUGUGCGUGCGAAGAAAAACCUCCCUGUGGCGGAGAUACUGCGGACCUUCUUCGAUGUGGCAAUAUGCAACAUGCAAAAGUGUCUGUUGUACUGCUUAGUUCUAAAAUUGCAUGACGACUUGUAGUAUUCACGUUGUUUGACAUUGUGUGGACGGGUGAUGAAGUAGAAGUAGAAGAAAUUAGAUUUAAACCUGCUGUAUAUGCAUGACGAUGACUGCAAUCAAAGCGAGUUGUGCGAUACUUUUGCCGAGGAUAAGCGAAGCGCCACUACAACUGGUGCGUGUUGGGGCACGGCAUGGGAUUUUCGGACUUGAUGGGCGCAAUGGAUGGCGGGCGCGGGACUGCAUUGCCUUUGUCAGGUAUGAUAAGAAGUUCAUGCUGACGUGCAGAAUUCAGUUACAGAACAAGAGGAGCAGCAUCAGCACUUCAUCACCAUCUUUGUUUUCAUCAUUUUCAUAGCUGCCGACGUCGGCGGCGCGUUAUGAAAUAGCGUCAGCACCAAAAUGUCUCCCUGUGGUCACUAUGUAUCUAUGUAUUGCCAUUGCACAUGAGCUUCAUGAUAAGAAGAUACUGCUUCUACUUCUAUUUCAGGUGCAACAGCGGGUUUGUCGCUCCCGCGGGGCGGGCUCACGAAGCACUCCGCUGUCUCCUCUCACUCCCGCUCGGCUUCCUGCUCCAACGCGGAGCACUACCUGCUGCAGAAACCAAACGGUGGGCUGCUCCACACAGGACCUAAAAAAGAAAAACCAGAACUUUCGUUUGAAGACGUGGCGCUGGGGAAGACUAGUAACAUGACCAACAAGAGUGCAAAUAAGAUCCGCAUCCCCUCGAUCGAACAGAAGCUGGCGCAUUUUCGGACCAAGAUCCUCAAUUCCCUGUGGCUGAAGACCUACUGCCCGGUGCAAAUCCCCAAGGCGGAGUAUAGAGAGUACUACGAAAUCGUGAAACUCGAGCUACGGAACUACUGUGGAAGGAAGAUGAAGAGGACCAGAAGCAAAAACAACAUGAUGAUCAUGGAUAAAACAAAAACUUCUACUGUUGACAGCGCCUUCCUGGGCUACGUUCUUGAACCUUUCGUCGCGCGGUUGACGGCCCAGUCGCGGAAGAGCCUGCUGCAAAAGGAGAUCUUGAGCAAAGUACUGCUGUCUGGAGGUGUCGUGUCUGCCUCGGCUGCGAUGAAAAAGGAAGACUUGUUGUUCAACAAGAGCCUGAACCAGUCGACCGCAUCCGGCGCGCAUGGUGAUGUCAUGGAAGUAGAACAUGAUAAAAAUGUGAAAAAUCACAACUCCUUCAGCCUGGACUUCGAAUUUUCUUCGGUCUUACAGGACUACGUGGACCAGGAAAUGGACAGUUUCGUGAAAGGUAUCAACUGCAAAAAUGUCUGGGUCUGGAAGAUUGGAACUUGUCAUGCUGUUUUUGGACUGUAAAAAAAUUUGUAUUGCAUGACCAGCAAGAGGGGAGUGCGAUUUGUGCUACACGGACAGGAUGCGGAAGGUGCAUCACGAAGCCCUCUAAAAGUCUGCGAUGCUAGGUCACGCAUUACAGGCAUCAUGGGUCGUGAGAAAUAUGCAUGGCAAAUCUUGGAUUCUUCCAGACCUAGAUGACAUUUUUGCAGUUGAUAAAAGGGAAGAAAAGCAAAGGCAACAACAAGGCCGCUUCCAAGUCUUCCACUUCGUCCGGCGAACAGGAGCUGCUCGUGAUGCAGCAGCUGUUAGCCAAGGCGACAAGCAAGAAUGGACAAAACAAGGACUCAUCUGGAGGUCCACCUACUUCUUCGAGAAAUAAGGACAAAAAGAACUACAACCACCUCCAGCAACCCCCCGCAUCCACGCAAGACGUGAACUCGAUGCUGCUCCAGUCCACGCACAAGCGGUCGGGCGCGCAACUGUUUCUCGCGAAAACCUUUCUGAGCAACUCGCUUUCCUUUGACGAGAUCAUGAGAAACUACGGAGAUACCUCUGUUCUCUUCAUGAACAACUCUGGUGCAGCGACGUCGGGACUUCUAACGGGAACAAGCAGUCAUCUUCUCUCCAUGCAGAGCGGGAAUCAGUUGCUGGGUCCUGAAGAUGGAGCUGCAAAUACAACCGGUAAAAGUCUGAACCAGUCUUCCUUCUUGAAUCAGUCGGCUUCAGCGAGGAGCGAUGGUCGUGCGCAGAUCAUCCCGCAAUCUAUGUCGGCUGGCCGGCACGAUCCUCGUCAAAGCAAUAAGCGUAGCCGGACAAACGGCGAUGAAAACAAGCAGAAGGAUGAUAAAGCUGCACGGAUCACGUCGGUGGAUCAAGUGGAUGCUUUUGAUGCACCAGAUGUUGAAAUGGCCGCACCGCACCAAGAAGCAAACGAGCAGGACGAGGACGCUGCGAUGGAUUUCGUUGGAGAUGCAGAUGAUGAAGUUGAAGAACAACAAGUGGGGGAAAACCACUCUGACGACGACGGCGACGAUGAAAUCGUAGACGAAGAAGAUGACCUGUUGGCGGACGACGUCGCGAAGCCGCCGCCGGCGAAGAAACAGAAAAAGUGAAGAAAUGGUAGGAUUGAAAAAAUGAAAAAGUGAACUGGUAUUAGGAUAGCAAGUACUUGUUUUUCAUCCGGGUGUACGAUUUUUAGGUGAUGGUCACCAGCACCAGUGGUGCUGGAUGAAAAUUUUGAUACAAAUCAUUUGAGUUUAUUCCCUUUUCUAUCAUUGACAUUAUUCUUUGGUACACAAUGAACAUCAGGAUGAAUUUUUGUACGAUAUCCAAAGACACCCACAGCAGAGUGGAGCUUCGUGAACUAAAAACAUCUAAUCGCAGUCGCCGAAUUUGUUUGUCGUCGGAUGUUUUCUAGCGUUUCCACCUUUUCUUGCCGACCAUCGAGUCGGAAAAUUUCCUGUUUCUUUAUUGGGCGAAGAAAUACAAUAUUUUGAAUGUUUUCUUGCAACAAGCCUCCGCUCUAAAAGUUUUUUCGUACAUUCAAGGACCACCCUCAAGCUCCUCAAGAGCGUGGUGUAAUACUUUUUUGAAAAACGAAUCUGAACGAUACAGGAGAAGCAGAGCGACAGCUCUCUACUUUACUAGUAGUUGUUAGCAAGUGAAAACGAGGUAGCGGAAAAUAUGACUUCAAUCUAAUGGUACCGAGCAGUUUGAUUUGUUUGAUCCCGCCCUUCUGCAGCUGAUCUUCACGAUUUAUGUUUGUGGAUUUUGAGUUUGAAGUCACAGUCACAGUCGUGGCGCUACUUUUAGUUUUACUUGACAGACUCGAAGAACUUAACGCGAACUUUUUUUUGUUUCCAUGUGUUUUAAAAGUGCACCCAGAACUCAGAAGAAUCAAUGCUAAAAUGAAAAGCAGUGCUGGCUCCGUUAGAUAUUUCCCGAUUCUAGCAUGUCGCCUUCUGUGCUUGUUUUAUUUCUCAGAAUGAACCGCGGGACAGACGCUGACACAGAGCAGAAACAAACUACAGUUUACGCAGAGCCCUCGUCGUGGAGGUGGACAAAUUUUUCGGUGUAGUUUUCUUCCAAAGCGAAAUGGAAAUCUUCAAAUAGCCAUCAAAUUGAAUAAAAUUAAAAUGAUCGUAUUUUCACCUCGACCCCUCGUCGAUGCCGCUUCGAUACUAGAAAUUUUCCCCGACAAAUAGCCAAAAGAAGCCCAAAGUGGGCCACAGUUUCGAUCGCUUUGGUCAUGUCUCAGCGCACCAUUCGUGGUGAUGACAGACUUUUCUGAUUUGAUAAUUUUGAAUUCAACAACUUUUUUCUAGGACGAGAGACGUCAAAGCUUGUGAAGACCUCUUUUAUGAGGCUGAGGCAGCGGAGUGG